AUGGCCAAAGACGACCCUACAAAUGCCUCCAACGUUCGGAAGGACCGCGUUGUGACCAAUUCACAAGGUAAUCCCAUCAACGAACCUUUUGCCACACAGCGUGUAGGACAGCAUGGUCCUCUGCUUCUGCAAGAUUUCACCCUGCUGGACUCAUUGGCUCAUUUCAACCGCGAACGGAUUCCUGAAAGAAACCCUCACGCGCACGGUUCUGGUGCAUUUGGUUACUUUGAAGUGACAGAUGACAUCUCGGACGUGUGUGGCUCGGCCAUGUUCAACGAAAUCGGCAAACGGACCCGCUGUAUGGUUAGGUUUUCCACUGUUGGCGGCGAAAAGGGCUCCGCAGACACUGCCAGAGACCCCAGAGGGUUUUCGACCAAGUUUUACACCGAGGAAGGAAAUUUGGAUUGGGUCUACAACAACACUCCCGUAUUCUUCAUUCGGGACCCCUCCAAGUUUCCACAUUUCAUCCACACCCAAAAACGUAACCCACAAACCAAUUUGAAAGAUGCAGAUAUGUUCUGGGACUUUUUAACCACUCCAGAAAACCAAGUUGCCAUUCACCAGGUGAUGAUUCUGUUUAGCGACCGCGGCACGCCAGCGUCUUACCGUAACAUGAAUGGCUACUCGGGCCACACCUACAAGUGGUCCAACAAAAAGGGUGAAUGGUUUUACGUUCAGGUGCACAUAAAGACAGAUCAAGGCAUCAAGAAUCUCAGCAAUGAAGAGGCCGUGAAGCUUUCAGGUGAGAGUCCAGAUUACUGCGGCCAAGAUCUUUUCAAAAACAUCAAGGAGGGCAAAUUUCCUUCUUGGACCGUUUACAUCCAGACAAUGACGGAGGAGCAAGCCAAACAACAGAGUUUCUCGGUGUUUGAUUUAACCAAAAUCUGGCCUCACAAACAGUUUCCACUUCGUCGCAUUGGUAAAAUGGUAUUGAACGAGAACCCUCAAAACUACUUUGCCCAAGUAGAGCAGGUGGCGUUCUCUCCCAGCCACACCGUGCCUUACCAGGAAGCCAGUGCCGAUCCAGUUUUGCAAUCUCGUUUGUUUGCCUACCCUGACGCACACAGACAUCGGUUGGGUGCGAAUUAUCACCAGAUUCCGGUCAAUUGUCCCUAUGCUUCCAAGGUGUUCAAUCCUGCCAUUAGAGAUGGCCCUAUGAACGUGGACGGGAACCUCGGUUCCGAGCCCAAUUAUUUAUCUUCUACCAAGAGCUACAGCUAUAUCCAGGCGUCCAAGCCUAUUCAGCAGCAUCAAGAGGUAUGGACCGGCCCAGCAAUGCCCUUCCACUGGGCCACGUCUCCGGGUGAUGGGGACUAUGUGCAGGCACGGGGUCUCUACAAUGUUCUUGGUCGCACGCCUGGCCAGCAGCAGGCCUUGGCACACAACGUUGCGGUUCAUGUUGCGCAUGCAUGUCCGGAAAUCCAGGAUCGGGUGUUCUCGAUGUUUUCGCGUGUCGACAAAACCUUGGGCGACAACAUCAAGCGUGAAGCACUAUCUCUAGCGCCACGUCGUUCUACCAAUCCUCAAGCCAAACUCUGA